AGCUGCAGAGAUGACAGAAAAACAAACAUCCAAGAAAAGAAAGUCCAUGCUGCAGGAAAUUCAAGAAAGCCCACCAUCAGAUGAUGAACUUCAUUUUUCUGAUGACGAUGAUGGCGAUAUUAUAGAUGGUAUUCGGAUUCCUCCACCAUUUAAACCGACCUUAUCAUUUGAUCCAACUGGGCCUCGCCUUAUUAUAACUAAAAUAGUAAACAAUUUUUUCAAAAGUUAUGCGGACGAACAAGUUUUGGGACCUUUUCACAAGUGUUUCAAUGCGAUAGUGGGACCUAAUGGAAGUGGUAAAAGUAAUGUUAUUGAUUCUAUGUUGUUCGUUUUUGGGUAUAGAGCAGCAAAGAUUAGAUCCAAAAAAGUAUCAGUUCUAUUACAUAAUUCUAACAAAUACAGAAAUGUCCAGACUUGUACAGUAGCUGUACAUUUUGCGCUAAUUAUUGAUAAGGAUGGAGAUAAUUAUGAAAUUCUUCCUGGCAGUGAAUUUAUAGUUGCUCGAUCUGCUAGUAAAGACAAUUCUUCCUAUUACACUCUAGAUGGUAAACGUGUUCAAUUCAAGGAAGUUGGAAAAUUGCUAAAAAGCCAUGGUAUAGAUUUGGACCACAAUAGAUUUCUCAUCCUACAGGGAGAAGUUGAGCAAAUUGCUAUGAUGAGUUGCAAAGGUGACAAUGAACAUGAGUCUGGCAUGUUGGAAUAUUUAGAAGAUAUCAUAGGUACAACACGUUAUAAGAAACCGUUGGUACAAGUUAAUGAAAGGGUAGAAUAUCUAACAGAACAUAGGACAGAGAAGUUAAACAGAUUAAGAUUAGUGGAGAGAGAAAUGGAAGAAUUAAAAGAACCAAUGGAAGAGGCAGUUGGAUUUUUACAAACAGAAAAUAAAGUUAAGUGGAAAAUAAACGUAAGAAAAAACGUGAAAAAAAUCGGAACCCGUAUAAGUCAAGAAGAAAAUACAGACAAUGCAUUUGAGGGCGCAUCAAGCACAAAGAAGUUAUGGAUUUUUAUAUCCCGCGUAAAAGAUCAUGGGUCUGAAGAUAAAGUAAAAAGUUACAUCGCUAAAAAGUCUAAUACUAACCAAAUUGAUGUUAAACCUCUCAAAACCUAUUAUCAAAAAAAUGAUACCAAGUGUUUUUUGGUUGUUAUUGACCACUCGUUAAAAAGUGUUGUUUAUGAUCAGUCGUUUUGGCCAGUAGGAGUAGCUUUUGAAAGGUCAUAUCAACAUUUGGAAAAGCGUAAAGAAGAAUUGACUGAAGCUUUUAAUAAAGCAAAUAAUAAGGAUAUUCAGCUUAUAGAAACAAUGACACAAACGAACACAACUCGUAAGAAAACUAAAGAGCUUAUACUCGAAGAAAAGAAGAGAUUGGAAAAUUUAAAUGAGGUUCCUGAAAAGACUAAAGCGGGCAUUGAAGAAUGUGAACAGAAAAUAGAGGAAGUAUCGGCUAAUAAGGAGAAAUUUGAAGAAGAAAAAACAAAAUUACUAUCUACUCUAAGAACAGAAACAAAAAGUUUACAAGAAAAAAAAGAAGUUAUAGAAAAUAAACUAUUUGUACUAGCUGAAUCUGAGCUAAAAAUUUAUGUUAGUAAUGAAGAAAAUGAAAAGAAUAAGCUUGAUAACUUAAACCAAGAGUAUGAAUCGGUUCAUUCCAAAAUUGAAGAAAGGACUAAACAAAUAUCCAUUUUAAAAAAGAAAAUACCUGCAACAGAGAAAUCUUUAAAUGAUGCUUUACAAGAAUUAAAUGGUGUGAAAGAGGAAGAAGGACAGGUUAUUAAUGAAAUUAGAAGGAAUAGAAUGCAGUUAGAGGAAAAGAGAAGUAGCAUGCAGGCCUCUCGAUCUAAAGGAAAGGUUUUGGAUGGACUCAUGGCACAAAAGAGGGAUGGCAACUGCCCAGGGCUUUAUGGGCGAUUGGGUGAUUUGGGUGCUAUAGAACAAACAUAUGAUGUUGCUAUAUCUACUGCUUGUGGACCCUUGGACAAUAUUGUGGUCGAUACUGUAAAAACUGCUCAGUGGUGUAUCGAAUUCUUAAAGAGAUACGACCUUGGCAGAGCCACAUUUAUUGCUCUAGACAAACAAGAACAUCUAAGGAAUCGUGCUAACAGUAAAAUUAAAACUCCAGAAAAUGUGGAUCGUUUAUAUGAUCUCAUAAAGGUAGAAGACGAAGAUGUUAAAACCGCAUUUUACUAUGCUCUCAGAGAUACUUUAGUAGCCUGUGACUUGGAACAAGCCUCAAGAAUUGCUUAUGGUGCACAAAGAUUUAGAGUUGUAACUCUUAAAGGAGAUUUAAUAGAAACUACAGGAACCAUGAGCGGUGGAGGUAAGCAGGUAAGCAGAGGCAGAAUGGGUCAGUCUGUUAGAGUCUCAAAUGUAAAUCCUAGAGAACUUCAAAACUUAGAAGAGGAUAUUGAACAAAUGGAGCAAAGAGUUAGAGAAUUGAGACAAAAACAAACCAAUCUGGAAAGUCAAAUUAAUGCUUUACAACCUGAACUGAGGCAGAUGAAAUUUGACUUGGAGAAAUUUUCAAUGGAGUUAAAAGGUUUGCAUCAACAGCAACCAGUUUUGGAAAAACAACUUAAAGAGCAAAAACAGAAAUCAAAUGUAACAAAAGCAGACCCCGUUCAAGUAAAGAAACUAACUAAAAUUGUGGAAGAAAAGAAGCAGGUGUAUGAUAAAGCUGCUGAGCAAGCUUUGGUUUUGCAAAGACAAGUUGAUCAAAUUACAGAAGAAAUUAAGGAUAAAACGACAGGAAAGAUGCGUAUUAUUGAUAAGAAAAUCAAAGACGCUGCUAAUACCAUUGAUAAGUGUAAGGGAGAAAUUACAAGAUUACGAGUAUCUAUUACUACAGCGGAGAGAAAUUCUAAAAAAUCUGAAAAAAAGAUUCAGAUUAUGGAACAAGAUGUGACUGGAAUGGAAAAUCGGCUAAGACAAAUGAGAGAUGAAAGAGCUGAAAUUGAAGAAGAUGCAGCUAAAUUGUUAAAAUGUAUUGAAGAAAUAACAGAACAACUGGCUGAGGGUGAAGAAACUUAUGGAGAUAUAAAGAAGGAGGUUGCAGACUUGAUUAAAAAAGAGAAUACAUUAAAGUCUGAAAAAGUAGAUGUUGAUCAAAAAUUUAAAACGGUCAAUGGUAAAGUGAGCGAUUGUAAAGGCUCCAUACAUCAACUACAUCUUAAGAUUAAACAUUUGAAAUUACAAGCUAUACCAAAUGAAUCUAUUACUGAACUUAAAACAUAUUCUCAUGAAGAGCUGGACGAAGAAAGUGAAAGAGAAGUUCAAAAAGAGUUAGAAAAUGCUGAAAAUCAUUUAAAAGUAGCUAAACCAAAUUUAAACGCGAUUGAGGAAUAUCGUAAAAAGCAAUCACAAUACAUUGAACGUUCCAAAGAGUUGGAAGAAAUUAACCAAAGAAGAACAACAAUGCGCAAAUUGUAUGAUGAUUUAAAAGUUAAGAGGAGAGAAGAGUUCAUGACUGGUUAUAAUAUUAUAAAAAUGAAAUUAAAAGAAAUGUACCAAAUGAUAACUUUGGGUGGAGAUGCAGACUUUGAAAUGGUGGAUAACUAUGAUCCAUUUUCAGAAGGAAUACAAUUCAAUGUAAGGCCACCCAAAAAGUCUUGGAAAAAAAUAGCGAAUUUAUCUGGCGGUGAAAAAACAUUAUCAUCUCUUGCACUAGUUUUUGCUUUGCACUAUUAUAAACCGUCACCACUUUAUGUCAUGGAUGAAAUUGAUGCAGCUUUAGACUUCAAAAAUGUUUCCAUUGUUGGAAAUUAUAUUAAGGAAAGAACGAAAAACGCACAAUUCAUCAUUAUAUCUCUCAGAUCUAACAUGUUUGAACUUUGCGAUAAUCUAAUAGGAAUCUACAAGACGUAUAAUUGUACACAAUCGAUAACUAUUGAUCCCAGGGUCCAUGACCAAAAAGAAGUGAAUGAAUCGACACAAAAAGGACAUAAUGAAGAACGAAGCACUGCUAGUGCGAGUUUUACUCUAUUACAACCACAUAAUGAAAGCAAUGCAUAUACAGAUGUUAAUGAUGAGAAUGAUGAGAAUGAUGGGUUAGUACAAAAUAUAGAAAGCAGCAGCAAUGCAGAUGUUAAUAAUGAAAGAACCUUACAAAAUAGUGAACAUGGUAAAGAUACACCUAUGCAAGAUGUCACCAGUUGCAGUGAUGAAACAGAAAAAAAUACUCAAAGUUCAUCUGUUAGUUUCACAAAUCAAACGAAUGAAGAUCAGAUUUCUUCAUCUCCAAUGGAGGUGAAUUAAUGAAAAAAAUAACUUCUUUUUUAAAUUUAAUAAUACUAAAAAAAAAAAAGGAAAAUGCUUAGUUUACAGGAAUGUCUAGUAUACUUUGUUUUACAGGUAAAGUUCAAGUUAACUACUUUUAGAGACACAAGGUAUAUUUAUGCCGUUUUGCAAUUUUUUAGCUGACACAUGUCAUUUUAGAGACUGCAAUAAUUCAAUAAAAAAAUAAAAGGAGGUAAUAUUUUUUUAUUUUUAUUAACAAUAUAUUCAAUUUUAUAACAAAAGUGUUUUAACUAUUAUAUAAAUAAAAUAAAUAAUUAAUUUUCCAAUACUGCCGAUCAUAGAGAGUAGUUUAAUUUUUUUAAUAUAAUCACAAAUACCUCUUUUUUCAAAUAAUUAUUUUUACUACAGUGAACUUACAAAUUUAAAUUAUUAUUCCAUUAUGUGGACACACCACUGAAAUCUGAGAAGUCUGCCCUAAACCGGAAAGCCUGGUCAUUUUAAUCUAAAUUCAACUUAUCAAAAAUUGAUUUGUGAUCUUAACAAAUCAAUAUUCAUUCAUAAUAAUAAUAUUUAUUAACUCAUUUUUCAUAUUGGUACAUUAUUUUUACUCGUAUCGUAUUUAUGCACACUUUGAUAACUGGAUUGAUUUUUCUCUUUCUUUUUGAUUUGCAGUUACUUUGUAUUAACAGCAGUUCCGAAAAAGAAAUUUAUGUAAGAGCAUUCUGGUCACAUAAAGUUAUACUUUACAAAAGUUAGUAAAAACAAAAAGAACAAUAAUUAUAAAACAAAAAAAAAAGGAUUUUCUUAAAUUUUUAUGAAUAUGUACAGCUUUUAAAUUCAUUUUGUUAAAGCUUUGAUUUUAGUAUUCCUAACAAUAACUAAUCAUUUAGGGCAUGGCAUGCCUAAUCGUCUACUUUGACAAUUUUACUUUAACGUCACUCAAAGCGGCUAAUAGUGUGCUUUUGAUAUUAAUAGUUCUCGAAGUCCCCAUAAAAUCAAAAAAAUCUCAAUUGACGAAUAUCUGAAUUAAAACUUAUAUUAAGAUCUUUACUUUUAAGUUCAUUUAAUUAUUCUUACUUAGAGGAAACAGAAUAUUAAUAGGAAAUGAAUAUGAACAAAUAUUCAUUUAGUACCUGUAUAAAGUAUUCCAGGAACGUGUUACAACGGUAACAAAAACUGCACUGCUCUUCUCUUUCUGGUUUUAGUCCUAUAUUUAAGUAAAUCUUAAUAAUUUCCUAGGCCAGAAGACGACUUUCAGACGUGUGCUAUCUGGGUACUGGAGCAGCUGACGGACGUUUUCGUCAUCCACUAGGUGGCAUCUGCUUUGACUUAAGAUUAGUCAGCAUACAAUAAUUAGGUACAAAAAGACACCUGUUUCCCGGACUUUAAUAUGCUGAAUUUAAAUAGAGAAUAUUUAGAGUUCAGGAAAAUGUUGGGUAAAAGGAGAUGGAUUUUUUUUAUAUAUUUUAUCGACAUGCAACUGAUUAUUCCAUUUAUCUUAUUGCAUCAACAUAUUUUUGUGGUGUGAAUUUACAUUUUCCUACAAAAUUAAGAUUAUAUGAUAUAAACUCACUCAUUUCUGGUGAACCACUGGAUAAAUUAAAACUAUAUGAAGGAAGAAUUUUGUUAAUUUUUGAACUUAACAAUACCCUUUAUCUGGCAACCUAGAUAUUGAACUCCUUAAUCAAUUCUUUAUAUUACACCAGAGGCAUCUGCGUUACUUUGUCAAAUUUUUUUUUUUUAUAAAAAUAGUGUAAUUAUAUUAUUAGUCAUUUCGUUUUAUAAUUAAAUUACAAUAAUUUGAAUUAUGUAUAACUCAAGAUCCAGAAAAUAGAAUAGUGGUCAGAUAUGAGUUUUUAGUGUUACAAAGUACAAUAUUUGGAAAAAAUAAGAGAAAAUUUGAGUUUACUUUUAAAAUAUAUUUUGUUCAGAAUUUUUUAAACUAAACCUUUUCCUUUUUUUAUAGUAAUGAUUUUAAUAUUAACCUUUUUUAAGUUCGUAAAUUGUAAUUACAUGUUUUUUAAACUAGUUAUAAGGCUAUUUGUACAAAAUUUUACUAUAUUUUUAUUUCAUAGACAAAUAUUUUUAAUAUGAUUUUAUUUAUUUAAUAAAAUUAUGAAAUCGAA